AUGAUAUUCGACGCUAGGAAUAACGCUGAAAGUGUCCUGGCAUCUUCCACCGCUUGGCUUCCGCUCGUAUACGACACGGUGGUUAUUGGGUUGACGUUCUACAGAACGUACCCGUCUAUACGUGGGGAAAGUCGGUCGAAGAUUGCCAAGAGGCUUUUGGAGGAUGGGCUUUUGUAUUAUUCAGUAAUAUUCUCGGUGACGCUGGCAUUGACGCUUAUGAUUGUAUUCGCACCGGAUGGAUUGAAGAAUGUUGCAGCCCAAUUGGAACUGCUGAUCACGUUUCUCAACCUAGGUAACCAUGAUGUCCAGAAUAACCCUCAAUCUCAAGAAGUUCUCCAAAAACGAGUACUCCUUCAACGGCUCUCGUGCAUUGACUUGGCCAACUUCCCCAGCGGUCAACUCUCGACUGGUACCUCGGUUCAUGCGAAGUAA